UUGAAUAAUUCAAUAUUUCUUUUCUUAUAUAGUUAUUUAUAACACACAAUCUCUUCUUGGACCCUAAAGUCAUCAAGAAGAAAGAAAAUCCGUAUAUACAAAAUUUCUUAUUUCACCAUUUGAUUAUGUUCUUGAAGGUUUCUUCGCGAAAUGGAUGAAAGGAAAAUUAAGCUUAACUUUUUGUUACUCUCGUUCAUACUCAUCUCCAUAGCUCCUUCGAUUCACGGGUUCAAAAUGAGAGGCAUUACUAGAUCCGAGCCGGAAGCAUUUCACGGCGGAAAGUACUUCCCGGCAAUGAAGAGCAGGAAGUUGAUGGCUACGAAACUGGAAGUUGAUUAUUCAGGUGAUUAUGAUGAUGGAGCCUCUUCAGCAUCACCAUCACCACCAGUGCCUGAUUAUGAUGAUGAUAUCUAUAAAAGGCAAGGUGAUGUCCCAAGCCCCGGUAUUGGCCACUGAUGAUACGUUUUCAUGUGUAUUCUCUACACAUAUACUAUAUUUCAGCAUUUUGCAUUAUAUAUUUAUACAUACAUGUUUGUUUUCUUGUUCAUAUAUGUUUUUUGUCCUGAAAGGUCGUGUCUCCACAUGAUCAUUUUUGUUGCUUUUUCUUCAUUUUUGAAAUCUAUACAUUUUAAUUAUGUCUUAUUUUAUAUAAAUAGUGACCUCUAUAUUGAAUUGUCUCGUUUUCCCGUGUUGAUGGGAGCAUUCUUGUAUGUAUGUUUCAUACUCACUAUUUCAUUAGAUAAACCUGUAUUUUUCUUUUGUUAAAAAAACUGUAUUAGA